AUGCCCGGGAGGGCGGGCCGGGUUCCCACUAGGAGGAGGAAGGCGGAGAGGGGAGCAGGUGAUGUGGGAGCCGGCGGGGACAUUUGCCGGCGACACCGAGCGUGGACCGUGGCGACGGCGGCGGCCCCUCGGCUGGAGGAGGACGAUGAGGAGCGACGGAAGCGGCGCGGGGGGACGCUGCCGCGCGGCAACGGGUUCCGUGUCCGCGGCCCACUGCGCAGCCUGCGAGCAGGUCUAAGUAAGUACGGUGCGCGGCCGCCGAGCCGCCGGGUGCGCUCCCGCCGGGGAGGGACGCGGGGGGCGGCCGGCGGGGCCUCGCGGGCGCCCGGGACCCGAACCGCCUCCCCGGGGGAGCGGGACCCGCUCCGCAGCCCCGCGGCCCGUCGCGGGAGCGGGCGCGCCGGUUACCGAGCGCCCGGCGCUGCCGUGCGGGGCUGGACGCGGAGCGCGUCUCCGAAGCCUGUCGGAGGUCUGGCCAGGAGCGCGCACAGACCGGUACUUAGAGCUCGCCCCUCGCGGCCCGCGCCCUCCCACGCUCCUGGCGAAAGUGACACCGAACUCCCCCAGCUGCGCGGUCAGAGAGGGCCCGCAGAGUCCCGGCCGCUCCCCGCCACCGACAGGUGUAGACCUGCGGAUUGCAUGGCAGCAAGUUUGGGGUGUCUAAGAAACGGCGCGAGUGCACCCCACGCAAUUGAAGUCGACUUUGCCGUCGAUUUUUGUCAGCGUUUGCUUUCUGCAAAAUGCGAUGCUAGUGAUACUCCCCGGGGCAUCAUAACCGAAAACACAUCUUUUAUUCGGCUGUUUUACAUAGGUUCACUAGGUCAUAGUAACUGAACAUUAAGGCACAAGAGGCUUCCAGUUUUGAUGUUUGAUUUAUAUUGAUCCUGUCCUGGUUUCUUUGGCCCGGGUGAAUACUUAUCUGUGUCCAUACUUAGAUUAAUCACAUGUCUUUUACCAAGAAGUUGCAUUUUAUUUGAGUAAACGAUAAUUUGCUGCCAUGCAUGUAAUGGGAUCUCAUAAUUAUGCCACCUAAAGCAGACUGCUCAAUUCAGUUAAUUGUUGACUUACUAUGUGCCAGGCACUGACUACCGAAAAUAGAGAAUCAAAUAGAUGAAGUCACGGUCAUCGAGGAGCUCCCAGUCUGUGUAAAACAGCAGUGGAAGCAGAAAGGAGACUGUUGAGACCAGAAGGAACAGGGGAAUUUGGACAACGGUGGAUGGAAUGAUGUAGCCUUCCAAGGGUUCUCUUAGUGCCGUGAUUUACUGUCACAUGGAUUUAACUUUUAAAAUAACGUAAGUUGAAUUACUGAUUCUCUCUCUCUCUCUC